UUCCUCCUGAGCUGCCCUCCCACAGCGUUACUGUGUUCUCUGCUUCAGGGUACUGCUAUCAAGCGCUUCUCUGGCUUUGAAAACACCAUCACUUCAUCUAGAAAAGAUGAAGUGCCCAACUGCAUCAUCAGUGCCGCACCAAAGCAAGGUUUUGCUAUCUACAUAGAUAACUCAGAAGAUAAAGAAAACUACAGCUGCCAAGUGUCUGAAGAGCUGGAGUUAAGCCACUGUGAGCUGGAUACCAGUGCAAUGACAUCCACUAUUCACCGGCUGUUGGAUCUGAGUUCAGGCUCUCCUAUGGUAGUGGACACAUCCUUCCAAUCCCAGCCAGAGGAUCACAUGGAAGAUGUUGUAACUCUGGCUGUGGGAGAGUAUGCAGAAGACAUUCAUCAGUACCUCCGAGAGGCAGAAGUAAGAUUUAGGCCCAAGCCCUACUACAUGAAGAAGCAGCCAGAUAUCACAACAGGAAUGCGUGCUAUCCUGGUAGACUGGCUGGUGGAAGUAGGGGAAGAGUAUAAACUCCGGACAGAGACUUUGUACUUGGCAGUCAACUUCCUGGACAGAUUUCUUUCCUGCAUGUCUGUUCUCAGAGGGAAGUUACAGCUUGUAGGAACAGCGGCAAUUCUUCUGGCUGCGAAGUAUGAAGAGAUCUACCCACCAGAUGUGGAUGAAUUUGUCUAUAUAACAGAUGAUACCUACACAAAGAAGCAGCUGCUAAGAAUGGAACACUUGCUUCUCAAAGUGCUGAGUUUUGACCUAACAGCCCCAACCAUCAACCAGUUCCUCCUUCAGUAUAUUCAGAGGCGUGGAAUCUGUAUGAGGACAGAGAACUUUGCAAGGUAUCUUGCAGAGCUGAGUCUCCUUCAAGUUGAUCCUCUUCUGAAGUACCUUCCUUCACAAAUUGCUGCAGCAGCCUACUGUUUAGCAAACUAUACAGUGAACAGAUCUUUCUGGCCAGAAACACUUGCUGCAUUUACUGGAUAUUCCUUAAGUGAGAUAGCGCCUUGCCUGACUGACCUGCACAAAGCAUGCCUUGAUGCAUCCCAUUGCCAGCUGCAAGCUAUUAAGCAGAAGUAUAAGCACCCAAAGUACCUGCAGGUGUCUCUUCUGGAGCUCCCAGCAGUUCUUCCUCUGCGCUAGACACUGUGGAUCCUGGACUUGAAGAUUACUGUGUCCCAAUCAACAAAGCUGGUCUAACAUUUCAUAGAGCACUGCGGGUCAUGUGUCUGUAACCACAGUGAUCAGAAUGUUUUUAAGAUAAUAUUUUUUAAUGAGAUGCCUUUUUAAAAAUAGGUAUUAGACUAUAGCUCUUAACAUAACUGAAAGCACUUUUAAUAAAUGUCUUAUUACACUUUA